AUGGGGGCGCGGCGGUGUGAGAGCCCUGUCCUUCCUCACCGCCCUCUCCGGCAGGCCAAGACCAAGGGGAUCCAGAGUGGCGUGGACAUCGGCGUCAAGUACUCAGAGAAGCAGCAGAGGAACUUCGACGAGGCCAAGAUGAAGGCUGGGCAGUGCGUGAUCGGGCUGCAGAUGGGCACUAACAAAUGUGCCAGCCAGUCCGGCAUGACGGCCUACGGCACCAGGAGGCACCUCUAUGAUCCCAAGAACCAGAUCCUGCCUCCCAUGGACCACUCCACCAUCAGCCUCCAGAUGGGCACCAACAAGUGUGCCAGCCAGGUGGGCAUGACAGCUCCUGGCACCAGGAGACACAUCUACGAUGCCAAGAUGGGCCUCGAGAAGUGUGACAACUCCUCCAUGUCCCUGCAGAUGGGCUCCAACCAGGGGGCCAACCAGAGUGGCCAGGUCUUUGGCUUGGGCCGCCAGAUUUAUGACCCCAAGUACUGCCCACAGGGCAACCAGAGCGAUGUGGCCAACGCCACCUGUGACCAGAGCAUGGACCCGCCGGGGUACCACUACUACCAUGAGGAGGAGAGCUACUGAGCGGGAUGCCGUUGUCCCUAGCCCCAUCUCAUGUACAGACCCCACUGCCAGCAACAUUCCAGUAUCUUUCCUUUCAUCCUUCCCUCUUUUUAUAACUCUUUUUUUAAUGAAUCUAUUUUUCUGAGUGAAGAAACGGAGACCCUGCUUCUAGAGAAGAGUGGCCAUUUCUUACAGCCCUUGGGAAUCGUGACUCUCCCGUGUCCAGCCUGGGAGCUUGCAGCUGGAAGGAGGCAGAUGCUCAAGUACUGUGGAGUGGACGGUGUCUUCUUACGCAGUCAAGAUAAUGUGUUUCAAUGCAGCGUCCAGCAAACAGCCCCUGCAGCUCUUCUGGCGUGACAGCGCUUGGAUGCCCUUGGCAAGUGGCAGCUGCCCAUGCGCCCUCGGGUAAAGUAAAAAGUGCUGCUGCUGCCAUGUGUGUGGGUAGGGUUUGCCCAAGGCUGUGCUCUUGGGGACGUUCCUGCGCGGGACAAGGGGGCACGUUGGCCAGGUGCGUCCAGGGGAGCACGGCCGGGAGACGGCAGAGGCAGCCGUUGAGCUCUGCCACACCAGCUCUGCUGUGCUUCAGCAUCUCUUCCUGCUCCUGGGAGCUUGUCGCAGGGACCAGGCAUGAUUUUCCUGUGUGUGCGUGUGUGUUUGUGUGUGGUUUCUUUAAUGCCAACAGUGAAGCUCUUAGCAGGCUGCUCUCAUGUAAUUCUCUAGAAGGACAGCAAAGCUGGAAAUGUGUUUUUUUUUUUUUUUU